CAAAUCCUCCAAGCAUUCCUAUAGAUCUACCCACGAUUUCGCUACUGUCCUUCUGUUAUCCUGAUUCUCAAAGCUUUCGAAAACAACCGAAAACCGCAAAUCCACCAAGGAAGGGGCGCCAAUUCACAGCCUCCUAGUCUCGUGUCAAAAAGCACAAAAGUGCAUCCUAAUAGGCCAUGGAGUGCCAGUAUCAUCGCAUUCGUCGGCCUGAGAUCUAGACGACCGCGUGAGAGAAAUAGAAGACAGUCGUCUGCAUGCUUUGCGAUCGCCGGUUAGAUUGUUUCGCGAUUUCGUUGAUUAGGAUUAGGGAAUAUCGGUUAUUUUUGAAGUAGAAGUGAUAUUUUUGUGGUUGAUUUGUGUUGGAUAUAGUUUUUUGAUUGUUAGGAUGGAACUUCACCAGCCAACUGAACGUUUACUUGUAAAUCCUUAAAAUCUCCCAGUGAAUGAGGUGCGUUAAAAAAGGACGCCCCAGGUGUAUUGGCCACCUCCUGGUGGCGAUCGUUUGUGGUUUAGCUCUGACGGGGGUUACUUGUUCGGUAGACGAAACAUCGUCGCAGGAAAUCACCGAUUUUGUGUCGACAAAUGUACUACCAGAUGGUGAAGUCGAGACGAGAGUCUAUUAUAAAGGACUUAGUGCCAAGGAAACUAGGGUCGCAAGAGGAUCAAAAUUUGGCCUCAAAUUUCGACAGCUGACCCGAACCAAUCACUUCAUUCAGUUGAUCUACGACGACGACGAUCAACUAAUAGACUGUGAGUUUGGUCAUGACCAAAACCAAACCAAAACGUUCCUAUCUAGUUUUAAACGUGAUUUAAGUAAUUUAAUAACUACCUCAAAUUUAACUGUUGAAUCUCUAGACGGUAAGGAGUUACCUCGGGCGUUUCUCUGGAUGAACUAUUCACAUCUCAGGGAUGAUUGUAAACACAGGCACAGGGAACUUAGGCAGAACAUAAAAAAGGAGCGAGUGUUCCUAGAUAAUCAAAGGUUUCCAAAAAGAUCCAAAAGAUCAAUAUUUAUUUUGCCGGGUACUAAUUGGUGUGGUGACCGAAAUCGAGCUCGAAAAUAUACAGACGUUGGCAGCAUGAUGCUGACAGACAGAUGCUGCAGAAGACACGAUUUUUGUAAGAUGGACAUUCCAGGAAUGACAAAGAAAUAUAACUAUUUUAAUUAUAGGCUAUUUACGUUGUCGCAUUGUCGAUGUGACCGAAGGUAA